CAGUUUUAGUAAUCACAUUUAAGUUAUAUUUAUAUCAAAUGAAAUAAAAAUGAGUGAAGCCCCCAGAUUCUUUGUUGGACCUGAGGAUACAGAAAUAAACCCUGGAAAUUAUCGACACUUCUUCCACCAUGCAGAUGAAGAUGAUGAGGAGGAGGAUGAAUCUCCACCGGAAAGGCAGAUUAUGGUUGGAAUAUGUUCCAUGGCAAAGAAAUCCAAAUCCAAACCAACGAAGGAAAUUCUUGAACGGGUCUCCUUAUUUAAAUAUAUCACAGUAGUAGUAUUUGAAGAAGAUGUUAUUUUAAAUGAACCAGUAGAAAACUGGCCUUUGUGUGAUUGUCUUAUUUCUUUUCAUUCUAAAGGAUUUCCACUGGACAAAGCAGUUGCCUAUGCAAAACUCAGGAAUCCAUUUGUAAUCAAUGACUUGAAUAUGCAGUAUCUCAUACAAGAUAGGAGAGAAGUAUAUAGUAUUCUUCAAGCUGAAGGUAUUUUACUUCCUCGUUAUGCAAUUUUGAAUCGUGACCCAAAUAAUCCCAAAGAAUGUAAUCUGAUUGAAGGGGAAGAUCAUGUAGAAGUAAAUGGGGAAGUUUUCCAAAAGCUAUUUGUAGAAAAGCCAGUCAGUGCAGAAGACCACAAUGUUUACAUUUAUUAUCCAACAUCUGCUGGUGGUGGAAGUCAAAGACUUUUUCGAAAGAUUGGCAGUAGAAGUAGUGUUUAUUCCCCAGAAAGCAAUGUACGAAAAACAGGCUCAUAUAUAUAUGAAGAGUUUAUGCCCACAGAUGGUACUGAUGUUAAGGUUUAUACAGUAGGUCCAGAUUAUGCCCAUGCUGAAGCUCGAAAAUCUCCUGCACUUGAUGGCAAGGUGGAACGAGAUAGUGAAGGAAAAGAAGUAAGAUACCCUGUUAUUCUCAAUGCACAAGAGAAAUUAAUUGCUUGGAAAGUCUGCCUUGCAUUUAAGCAAACAGUUUGUGGCUUUGAUUUGUUACGGGCCAAUGGACAGUCCUAUGUCUGUGAUGUCAAUGGCUUCAGUUUUGUGAAAAAUUCCAUGAAGUAUUAUGAUGAUUGUGCAAAAAUACUUGGGAAUAUUGUAAUGCGAGAGCUUGCUCCACAGUUUCAUAUCCCCUGGUCGAUACCCUUAGAAGCUGAAGACAUCCCGAUUGUACCAACUACAUCUGGAACUAUGAUGGAACUUAGAUGUGUCAUAGCUGUCAUACGUCAUGGGGACCGAACACCAAAACAAAAAAUGAAAAUGGAAGUGAGGCAUCAAAAAUUCUUUGAUCUUUUUGAAAAGUGUGAUGGAUAUAAAUCUGGGAAAUUAAAGCUCAAAAAACCAAAACAAUUACAGGAAGUGCUGGAUAUUGCACGACAACUUCUUAUAGAGUUGGGACAAAAUAAUGAUUCUGAAAUUGAAGAAAACAAGUCAAAACUUGAACAACUUAAGACCGUGUUAGAGAUGUAUGGCCAUUUUUCUGGAAUAAAUCGUAAGGUCCAGUUAACCUAUCUCCCUCAUGGUUGUCCUAAGACAUCUAGUGAAGAAGAAGACAGCCGAAGAGAAGAGCCAUCCUUACUUCUGGUUCUAAAAUGGGGAGGAGAACUAACCCCUGCAGGCAGGGUCCAGGCUGAAGAACUUGGAAGAGCUUUCAGGUGUAUGUAUCCUGGAGGUCAAGAUUAUGCAGGAUUUCCUGGUUGUGGUUUACUUAGAUUACAUAGUACCUACCGACAUGACCUUAAAAUAUACACCUCUGAUGAAGGACGAGUCCAGAUGACUGCAGCUGCUUUUGCAAAGGGGCUAUUAGCUCUAGAAGGAGAACUUACACCCAUUCUUGUUCAGAUGGUGAAAAGUGCAAACAUGAAUGGCCUUUUGGAUAGUGAUAGUGACUCUUUGAGCAGUUGUCAGCAACGUGUGAAAGCAAGACUUCAUGAAAUACUUCAGAAAGACAGAGAUUUUACUGCUGAAGAUUAUGAAAAGCUUACUCCAUCUGGAAGCAUUUCUCUUAUCAAAUCAAUGCAUUUAAUUAAAAAUCCUGUGAAGACCUGUGACAAAGUGUAUUUCUUGAUACAAAGUUUGACUUUCCAAAUCAGACAUCAAAUGGAAGAUCCCAAAUCAUCAGAUAUUCAGCUUUAUCAUAGUGAGACCUUAGAGCUCAUGCUACGUAGAUGGUCCAAGUUGGAGAAAGACUUUAAAACAAAUAAUGGAAGAUAUGAUAUUAGUAAAAUCCCUGACAUAUAUGACUGUAUAAAAUAUGAUGUCCAGCAUAAUGGCUCCUUGAAAUUAGAAAACACAAUGGAAUUAUAUAGGCUUUCAAAGGCAUUAGCUGAUAUUGUUAUUCCUCAGGAAUAUGGUAUAACUAAAGCUGAAAAACUGGAUAUUGCCAAAGGCUACUGUACUCCUCUAGUUAGAAAAAUUCGCUCAGAUCUUCAAUGGACACAAGAUGAUGACACUGUAAAUAAACUCCAUCCUGUGUAUUCCAGAGGUGUUCUGUCACCUGAAUGUCAUGUCCAUACCAGAUUAUAUUUCACCAGUGAAAGUCAUGUGCAUUCUUUACUGUCUAUUCUUCGCUAUGGUGCCUUAUGUGAUGAAUCAAAGGAUGAACAAUGGAAACGAGCUAUGGAUUAUUUAAAUGUUGUCAAUGAACUCAACUACAUGACUCAGAUUGUUAUCAUGCUUUACGAGGAUCCUAACAAGGAUCUUUCCUCUGAGGAACGCUUUCAUGUUGAAUUACAUUUUAGUCCAGGAGCCAAAGGAUGCGAAGAAGACAAAAAUUUACCAUCUGGCUAUGGAUAUAGACGAGCUUCAAGGGAGAAUGAAGGCAGGAGAUCUUUUAACAUUGAUAGUGAUGAUGAGCCACAUACUUCUAAAAAAGAUGAGGUUGAUCGAGCUGUGAUAUUGUUUAAACCUAUGGUAUCAGAGCCAAUUCAUAUACACAGGAAGUCUCCACUUCCAAGAUCUAGGAAGAUGGCUGCAAAUGAAGUUGUAUCUGAAAAUGCUAAUUACUUGCGAACACCAAGAACUCUUGUAGAACAGAAGCAGAACCCUACUGUAGGCUUUGAAUUGUAUUCGAUGGUGCCAUCUAUUUGUCCUCUAGAAACUCUUCACAAUGCCCUGUCUUUAAAGCAGGUGGAUGAAUUCCUUGCUUCCAUUGCUUCUCCAUCAAGUGAAGUUCCACAGAAGACCCCUGAAAUUUCCUCUUCAGCUUCACGUUCCAGUCCAAUAAUAAUAAGAAAAGUAUCUUUAAAUACAUAUACACCUGCAAAGAUCCUCCCAAUGCCAGCAGCUACCAUAAAGAGUACUAAAGCAAGCAGCAAACCAGCUCCCAGCAGACCUUCUAGUAUGGUUGUUCCCAAUACCUCAUCUCGGAAAAAGGGUGUGAGUAGCAAAACAGAAAUGCAUGAACACAAAAAAAACACUGCGAAAAAUAAAUGAAAUCUUCUUAGCAGAAGCUGGAACUCAUUAUACUUAUAAAAAAUCACGUGUUCAGUAGAAAGAGACACAUAAUAAACCUUGACUGAAAAGUAUCAAAGCAAGUAAUUUGUGUCUCCUUAUACAUCUCUAUAUUAAUUUAAAGAUAUAUGACAUCUAGAGAAUUCUUUGUAUAUAUUCAGGUAAGGCCUUUGCCAUGAUCUGGAAAUGUUUAAAACAAUGUUUAUAGCAUUUUAUGUGUAGCAAAACUUAUGGUGAUAAAGGUCUUUUGUUCUGAAUGUGAUGUUUACCAUGUGCCUAUGGUAAAGAAGAGGAAUGGGAAAGCCCAGACGGCCUGUGCCAAUGUCACACAGUAAUGCUGUUCGCUGAAGAACCUAUGAGGUGGCCUCUGUACACGUUUUCACUUUCACAGGGUCACAUCUGGGCUGCAAAAACCUAUAGCUUGAAAUUUGAUGGCCAUACUGGGGACUUUUAAAAAGCAUAUUUCCAAAGAGAUUUCAUUGACCAUAUAGAUUAGAAACCUUUUUUUCCCCAAUUGUUAUGAUUACAUAUAUGCUGCAAUAUUUAAUAACUGGAGUAUUGGCAUAUGGGUUAUUUUUUCAAUCUAUGCUUUGAAUUUUUAUUGUGUAUUAUUUAAAAUAUUACAUAUGCAGCUGGGAUAACUAUACCUUUUUGCACAUAAAUUUGUAUAUUAAUUUGUAGAAAAUAUUUUCUUUAUAUAUUUCC